AUGAGCACAGCACGCGCCGCGUUUGCUCCGUGCCCCGUCAAACUGUUGCUGCUUUUUGCCGUGCUUGGCGGCGUAACCAUUCACUGCUUUGGUGGUGAAAAGGAGUCCCUUAAGCUCAGUGGCACCAACGAGAGCGUGGCCAACAGCAGGCAUGUCCGGUCCGUGAGCAACCUGCCACAGCCCCGUGACUGCAUCCUCUCCGCUUGGUCCUCGUGGAGCAAGUGUGAUCCCUGUCAAAAGAAAAGGUACAGAUUUGCCCGCCUGGAACAACCUUCUCAGUUCAAUGGAGAUCCGUGUGAUUACUCCGACAAAGAAACCGAAGACUGCGUUACAAAUAAUCCUUGCAGGAAUAAAGUGAGAUGUGAAGGUUUUGUGUGCGCGGUUACAGGGAGAUGCAUUACACGGAGGCUGCUUUGUAAUGGGGAUGAUGACUGUGGGGACCAGUCAGAUGAAAAAAACUGCAAAAAAGUGUUUAAAAAAUGUGACCAGGAGAUGGAGGAAUACUGGGGAAUAGAGAAUCUGGCAAAAGGGUUAAAUAUCUUCACAAACAACUUGGAAGGAUUAGUUCUUGAUCACAGGUACUAUGCUGGGGGAUGUUCUCCCCAUUACAUUGUGGACACAAGAUUCAGAAAGCCAUACAAUGUAGAAAGCUAUACACCAGAGACCAAAAGCAAAUAUGAAUUCACAAUGACUGAAUAUGACUCCUACUCAAAUUAUGAAAGCAAUGUCCUGAAGGCAAAAGCUUCGCAGAGUAGCUUCAGCUUUGGGAUAAAAAUACCAGGAGUGUUUGAACUUGGUUACAGUUCUAACGACAACAGGUUCAAGAAGUUCAUUCAAAGGAUGAAAAGGUUUUCUUCAACUUCCAGCAAAUUUAUUCACGCCCGUUCUGAGCUGGCUGUCGCCAUUUAUAAGCUGAAGCCCCGAGCCCUGAUGCUGCAUUACGAGUUCCUGCAGAGACUCCAUCAGCUCCCGUCGGAGUACAGCUACGGGGAGUACAGAGAGCUCUACAGAGACUACGGCACCCAUUACAUCACGGAGGCUACCGUUGGUGGCAUCUACGAAUAUACUUUAGUCAUGAAUAGCAACGAGCUCCGAAAGGCAGGUUAUUCUCUGACCGAUGUCCAGAAAUGUGCACAGCAUGGCUUUAACAUUGGUGGAAAUAUUAAGAGUGUCUAUGUGAAGCUUGGAAUAACUGCAGCUGGCUGUAAAUCCCUUUUAAAAGAAAUCGGAGACAGCACCUCCAAAAAACAGUAUGUGGAAGAUUUCGUUGUCCUUGUUCGUGGCGGAGCAAGCGAACACGUUACCGCGUUGGCUUACAAAGACCUGCCGACGGCUGCGCUCAUGCAGGAGUGGGGAGACGCUGUACAGUACAACCCUGAAAUCAUAAAACUAAAGGCAGAGCCGCUGUAUCAGCUGGUGACUCCGACAGAUUUCGCUAAUGCAAUGGCAAUAAAAGAAAAUCUGCGACGGGCUCUUGACGAGUUUCAGCUGGAGACCAGUGCUUGUCGCUGUGCUCCGUGCCACGGCAAUGGGAUCCCCUUUCUGCAAGGAACCGAGUGUGAAUGCUUAUGUCCCCUUGGCCGCAGUGGCACUGCCUGUCAGAUCAGCAAGAGGGAAGAUGCUGCUAUUAAUGGAAACUGGGGUUGCUGGGCCAGCUGGUCUCCGUGUUCAGGAGGUCAACGAACAAGGAGACGACAGUGCAACAACCCUGCACCGCAAAAUGGUGGUUCAUCAUGCUCAGGGCUGGACACUGAGACGGUGACUUGCUAG